AUGAUAAGACAAUUAUUUAGGGCAGUACACUGCAACUUUAUUUAAAAAGAUGUAAGAAAUAUGCUGAUGGUGCCAAGUUAUUUUGUUAGGACUCGUAGUCCUUUCAAUUUCUACUCAUUCGAAGAAGAAAUACAUAAAAUGAAGCUAUUAUAAGAACAGCAGAAAAAUAAAUAGCAUAAUUAUCGUAAAGGAAUUUCACCAUUAGUUAAGUAGAGUAUUGAAGAUUUAAAUAAUCUCUAUAGAGGACAUAAUAUGCUCAAUUUUGAAGUUGACUAUAAUUUCUAGUCAAAAAAAAAUAAUUCACAAUUUAGAUAGAAGGUUAAGAAUAGAGAGGAUUUACAAAGUUUCUCGCACCUCAAAAUUCAAAAUGCUAUUAAAAUUGCAUAUAUAAUUCUAGAUAACUAAAAUAGAGCCAAAGAGAAUUAAUUAAAUAGCUAUGAAUAGGCUAUGGUCUUGGAAGUUUUCUUCUAUAACAUAUUAUUAUCUUUCCUCUGUGAGUAGCCAGAAGUAUUUUAAAAAAUUCUAAACAAGUAGGAGAACGGUCCUUUAAUUGAUGAAAUCUAUGUCAUUAAAAGUUUUAUGUCUUAUUUUUUUUCACUACCUAACUGCAUCGAUAUCGUUUCAGAAAGCCCUUAAUUAUUCAAAUUUAUAGUAAAGACAGCAGAAAUUUUAUAGAUAAACUAAGAAAUUGUUAUUCCUUUCAUCCAGUAGUUUUUGAAUAAAACUUCUUAAGAAGGAAUAUAUUAUAAGUCCUUGUAUGACAUUACUAUGAUAUUUUUACCUAUUUCAGAUUAUAUGGCUGAAAGUAGAUUUAAUUUGCUCAAAAUAGGCUAAUUAGAUAAUUCAAAGGCUCUUGAUAUAGGAAACAUAUCACUGAUAAUACGCCAAUUACUCAACAUAAAAGAAUCUAAUAACUACAAUAAUAAAAGAAAUGUAAGCAGAGAGGAGAUAGGAAUUCUUUGCAAGUUAUUCUUUUGCUUAGUUAGAGUAAAUUAAGGGCGUGGAAAGGUUUGCUUAGACCUUUCUGAGGCUAUUCUUACUAGUAACUUUGAAUACCUAACUGAAAUCGAAAUGACAAGUGUUAUUUAUUCUAUUAUAAAGUUAGAGUACAACAAAAAUUCUGAAGUAGCUUUCGAACGUAAAAUAAAAAGAGAAAUGCCUAAUUUAAUAUUUGAUUACGAGACUAAAAUUGAGAAAAUGCUGCAAACAGGUUAUUUUAACCAUGCCCGUAUUCCCUACAUUUUAUAUUGUCUGUAAAAAACAUCCAAAUUUAGACCUUAGUAUAGAAAAAAUUAGGUGUUGUACAUUUGUUAAAACUUAUUUCAAAUUGUAAUGAAAAACUAUGAAAAAUAUUAAGCACAAGAAAUUGUGACUAUUAUUUAUUCUCUCAAAGUUAUUAGUACUUCAUUCUAAAAAGAAAUAGAAGACCUUUACAGGGCUUACUUCCUUAAGCUUGCCAUCGAGUAAUAGAAAAGAGAGGUAAGUUAAAGAUAGUAGUAGGAUCCUAUUAAGAGCUCAGAUGAUGAAGAGGAAGAGUCGAAGAAUUUAGAUAAUCAAGGGAAUGUAUAAAAGUAAUAAUAAAAAAAAAUUAAAAGUGAAGCUAAUAGUAAAACCGAUAAAGAAACUACUUUAGAGUAAAAAGAGGAAGAACAAGACGAUGCUUAGUUUUUGAACAAUUAUUUGAAUUAAGAGUAUUUAACACAAGAAGUUCAAGAUGUAUAAAUCAGUAAACUUGUAAAAGAUCAAAGCUCAGAGUUAAAAAGUUAAAAUAAUAACUAAUUAAAGAAAGAAAAAUAGAAUAAUACUUAAUUGACAAACUCUAAAUAAUAAAAAAUAUAAGGAUACAAUAUCAAAAUGCAAAAAAUGAGAAAUACAUUUUAAUAUUUUUAGCAACUUUAAGGAUUGGAUAUUUUGUGUCUUUUUAUUGGAAUAAGAAACUUUAAUAAAAACUAAAAUAAACAUACAAAAGAGAAGCUUAAUUCUAUUUUUAUUAUAAAUCAACAACUCUUUAAGUUGUUUCUUUCGAAAUUAAAUAAUAUAAAUGAUCACUUGAAAAUAAAAAUACUUUAUGAAGUUUCUUACAAUCAUCCUGAAUUACUUGACUCAUAUUUAUUUGAAAAGAAUUUCUAGGAUUGGGUUAUAUAAAUUUAAGAUAACCUCCAUAAAUUAAAUAAUUUUGAUUUUAUUGCUCUCGGAUUUAUUUUAAAAAAAUAUGCUCGUCUCUUUGCAUACCACAUUGAAUUCUGGAUGAAAUAUGCAGAUGAAUCCAGUAAGAGAAAGUUUUAAGGUACUUUAGAAAAUCAAAGAAUCAAAGUAGUCCAUCAAAAUAUGAAAGAUUUCUACUAAAAAUGUCUCAACAGUUCUUCUGCUAACUAAAGAUAAGAAGUAAUGAGAGUUAAUAAAGUUCGUACAGCCUAUGAAAAAAUAAAUUAUUUCCUAGAAAACUAAGAAAGUAUAGAAUAUGAUAGUGAGCAAUCAUUUCAAAAUGAAGAUCUAGAUAUAGAUAGCUUUGAUUAAUAUAGAUGA